AUGCUCCUCUCCCAAAGCCGCUGCCAUCCAUCCAAACUGGACAUGUUGGACUAGUUGCCUUGUGUGUCCGUGCGUGUGUGUGUGUGUAUGUGUGAGUGGAGGAGGAGGGGGGCGCUCGACCAACUAUGUGGAUGAAGCCGCGCUGCGCAUCGCUACGCCCCUGCUCGCUCCAAGUCAGACGGCUCCUUCUCGUCGCGUCUUCUCGUCUGUCGGCUGCCUCUCGUUCAGCACCACUCCUUUAAGGACAGCAGCGCACACCCUCUUCCGCCGACCUUCCAUCUAUCCCUCCUUCUUCUGCUUCUUCUUCUUCUUCUUUUCGCCAAACGUCCAUCCUCCACCCUAGGGAUCAUUUACUCGCCAGCGGGCGGAUCGGAUGCGAAUUUUCCAGACAAGACGCACACUAAAAGUGCAAGGAAUUACUUUUGGGGAUUUAUGUUCACCAGGAAGACUAAAUAGUCAACUCGAACCGGGACGGAGAGGCUGCGCGACCCGAACCGGUGCUACUGACGUGGUGCCCCUUUCCUUCUCCUCCUACCUUCGUCCUUCGACGCGAGCAUGGCCACGAACGGGACCAAAGCGUCGGACGGCCACGUCCUCACGGAGACCGUGAGCGAGGCGCCGACGAGCACGGCCAACGACAAACCCAAAACGCUGGUGGUAAAGGUGCAGAAGAACAAAAAGGACAUACCCGAGCGAGAGACGUGGAGCGGGAAAUUUGACUUCUUGCUCUCGUGUGUGGGAUACGCAAUCGGACUCGGGAAUGUGUGGAGAUUUCCUUAUUUGUGUGGAAAGAAUGGCGGAGGAGCCUUCUUGAUUCCCUACUUUUUGACCUUGAUAUUUGCCGGCAUGCCCCUCUUCUUUCUGGAGACGGCUCUUGGUCAGUACACGUCUAUAGGGGGGCUUGGAGUGUGGAAGCUGGCUCCCAUGUUCAAAGGUGUCGGUCUGGCCGCUGCUGUUCUCUCCUUCUGGCUUAACAUAUAUUAUAUUGUCAUCAUUUCCUGGGCUCUUUACUAUCUGUACAACUCCUUCACAACCGACCUGCCAUGGCAGACUUGUGGUAAUUCUUGGAACACAGACCGCUGCUACACCAACUACAGCAUCGCUGACACCAGGAACCUCACCAGUGCCGUGGUAGAGUUCUGGGAACGCAACAUGCACCAGCUGACCGAUGGCCUCGAGAAGCCUGGAGAGGUCAGGAUCCCCCUGGCCAUCACCCUGGCUAUCGCCUGGGUGCUGGUCUAUUUUUGCAUCUGGAAGGGGGUCAGCUGGACUGGCAAAGUGGUGUACUUUUCAGCCACAUAUCCGUACUUUAUGCUGUUCAUCCUGUUUUGCCGCGGCAUCAGUCUGCCUGGAGCUAUUGAUGGAAUCCUCUUCUACAUCACGCCAGACUUUGACAAACUGACACGGUCUGAGGUUUGGCUAGAUGCUGCCACUCAGAUCUUCUUUUCCUAUGGACUGGGUUUGGGUUCUCUGAUUGCGCUGGGAAGCUACAACCCCUUCAAUAACAACGUCUACAGAGAUUCUGUCAUUGUCUGCUGCAUCAACUCCUUCACCAGCAUGUUCGCCGGCUUUGUCAUCUUCUCUAUUGUGGGAUUCAUGGCGAACGUGACAAAGAGACCCAUUGCUGAUGUGGCAGCCUCAGGACCUGGCCUGGCAUUUUUGGCUUAUCCCGAGGCCGUCACCCAGCUGCCAAUCUCCCCUCUGUGGGCCAUCCUCUUCUUCUCCAUGCUGCUGAUGUUGGGAAUUGACAGCCAGUUCUGCACCGUGGAAGGCUUCAUCACCGCUCUGGUAGACGAGUUCCCUCAUAUUCUGCGGAAGCGUCGCGAGAUUUUCAUUGCCAUCGUCUGCCUCGUCUCUUACAUUAUUGGGCUGUCCAACAUCACACAGGGUGGCCUGUAUGUGUUUAAGCUAUUUGACUACUACUCAGCCAGUGGGAUGUGUCUACUCUUCCUCGUCUUCUUCGAGUGUGUUUCCAUUUCGUGGUUCUACGGCGUGAAUAAGUUUUACGACAACAUUGAGGAAAUGAUCGGCCACCGGCCCUGUCUGUGGUGGAAGGCCUGCUGGGUUGUUUUCACGCCGCUAAUCGUGGCCGGAGUGUUCCUGUUCAGUGCCGUGCAGAUGGUACCCCUCACCAUGGGCGAUUAUGUGUUCCCAGCCUGGGGCCAGGGUGUAGGGUGGUUAAUGGCCCUCUCCUCCAUGGUCCUCAUUCCUGGCUACAUGGGCUACAUGUUCCUCACACUCAAAGGCACAUACAAAGAGCGUCUGAGAAUGAUGAUCAAGCCGGUGGUGCUGGUGAAGGCUCAGGAAAAUGGCCCAGAGCAGCAGACGGAAACCCAGAAUCAGAACCCCGCCACCGAGGAGGCGUACAUCUAGAAUUUCGUGAGCGUCUCUUUUGUCUCAACGGUUCUCCAUCGGGGUCCGAAAACACCCCCACGAGAAGCGGAAUCAAGGUUGGGAACGACCACCAGACGCCCAUGUCUGCUUUCAUUCACCUACCUCCUGGGGACACGUGAGACCAACCCGACCACAUUUAUUCUUAAGAUUAUUCUUAUGAAAUCUGUUUUUAUUUUAUUGUUGUAUUAUACAGAGGAAACUACCCAGACAAAGUGUUGUGUAAUUUUAAAGUUCAUUAUGCAAAAAAAAAUAUAUAUAUACAUUUUAGUAAGAGAAGUAUGACUUAGGAAGUAAAAUUAAAUCAAAACGCUUAAAUUUGGAGACCUGUAUUGAUUAAAUAUUUUAGACUACAAUUACUGUACAAAGGCAAAAUAUCUGGUGCAUUUUGGCUUGUAGAAUUUCCUUAAAUAGAUGCCAUGUUGUAGAUGAGAAUUUUAAAUGAAAUCUCUGGAAGUGCAAUGCGAAUGGAGCAAAAUAUAAGACAUCACCAUUAUUCAUUUCAGUUGUUUACCAGCCACGUCUUGGGGGUUUACGCCUUUGAAAAGCACAAGUGUGCUGAGUUCAAAACCUAUUGACAACAGCAAAAAUAACGAUACAAAAAAAUACAUAUACUGUAUAUACUGUCUAUACAGUAUAUAUAUACACACACAUACAUAUCUAUACAUAUAUAUAGACAUACACACACGUACACACUUCAGUAGGAUAUGUAGCAAAAGACUGUCAUCACUGUUGACAGUUUUGUCUUGUUUUUCUGACUGAACAAUAACAUGAACUAUGUACAGUGUGUUGUUAGAAUCCUUUAUUUUAUUUUUUUGUAGAAUAAUUGAGGUAGUUUUGUAUAUUCAAGACAGAGAAAGGGCCAAACGCGAGCACACGCCGGUUUGAAUAUUACAGGUGCAAAAUUCAUCGGAGCAGUGUGGUCAAGUCAUCAGCUCUUGCAGAAUGUCAGUUAGGGCGACAUCCCAUUGUGUAUUACGAUCCUCAAAGCAUUCAGUUCAGAGGGUGAACGGGUACUCGAGCAAUAAGCUAAAGUGACAGAGAGGCUGCGACUGACUAUUUGAAGGGUUUCUAGAACAUAUUCGAACCAUGUUUCAUAAUCCACUGCUCAGGAACUAAGGUGGAUGUGACCAAAUGCUCACCCGAUAUGAAACACUGAAGCAGUUUGCGUGAUAUAAAUAUAUAUUAUUAUUUAAAAAAAAAAAAAGAUGUAUACCGUAGUUCCUCAAUUGAAUGGCCGCAGAUGGGGGAGAAAAGUUUAUUAGGAGAGAGAGGCCUUGAUUUGUACAAAUAUAUUUUUUUCCAAUAAUGACUAACAAUGAUUGAGGAAAAUUAUUAAAUUUAAAAUUAUUAUAAAAUUUAUAUCAUUAUAAAAAGAACUGUUAUCCAUCAUUAUGCUUAGUAAGUAUUGCUGUUUUGGUUAGCAACAGGUUUAGCUUUAAUGUCUGCAUAUUUGAGGAAGACAUUUAUUCAUCUCAAGCGGGCAUUUGUGGAACGGCCGCUAUUUGAGGAAAUUCACGGUCAUCGAAAUUUCACCUUCUCGACAAAACGUUUCACCUGUGAUCUUUGGAAAAACAGAUCCAAAUCCUGUGUGCGUGUGUCUCUAGGUAUGUGUGUGUGUGUGUGUGUGUCUGUGUGUGUGCAUGUGCACAAGUGCGUUUGUGUGGUUUCUUUGUUCGCAUUUUAUCUCAUAAUUGUAAAUGACGAUCGAGCAAGGCGACUUUCACAGUGGUUGGGAUUUAUCUAAAUCCCUGCGACUCCUUUUCUUAGGCUAAAGGAAAACCUAUUAUUACAUAUCAAGUUUGCACGGCAAUAUGAAUAAAGGAUAUCUUGUCUUAUCUUAUUACUGUGAAGAAAGAGUUUUAAAAAAACUGAUAUUGAUGAAAAUUAAAUUUGCUUCUGUGGCAGCUACAUGCGACAGGAAUCAGGUUGAAUCCGUCCUGCUAGGUUAUUUUUAUUUAGUAUGUAUUCAGUAUGUAAAUGAAAACUACGACGAUGAAGGAUUCGGUGCAUUUUUUUUUGUACAAAGUUACCGUAAUGCAGUUUCUCUAUUGAAUGAUGUUGUAAACUAGACUGUGUACUACAUGUAUCUGUGAAUGUCCGUACAAAUCAGAUUUUUUUUGUUCUCUUUUCUUCUGUCGAGUCAUUGUGGAAAAAAAAAGUGUAUGAUCUGUCGUUUUCCGCAAUAUUAUCAUCAUCAUCUCGGAAAGCCUAAAGCACAACUUUCUCUCUCCGCUCUACAAAUGAUCAUAACAGAAUAGCGUAACAAUGCAGUUAAUAUGAUGAUAAUAAUAAUAAUAAUAUAGAAAUGUCUAGUCAGAGAAUAUUGUUUUGUAUAUUUUUAGCUGUUUCUCGCGCCUGAUGUAAAAUAUUAUAUGUAAAAAAUAUAUAUAUCAUAAAUGUCUCUGUGUUCUAUGAAAAAGCAUGAUUGCAAUAUAUGUUAUCUGCAAAAAAUAAAUAAAGAACCAUACAUUAUAA